CUGCAUUCAGUACAUAGAACAGUACGAGGAGGUGGAGAAGCUGUGUCUUUGUGAUUGCACUGCAUGGAUUACACUGAUGUACUCUUCAUUCAAGUCAUUGUUGCCCUUUUUCAAUAAUGCGAUAAUAUAAAGAGACCCAAUUUUUUAUUUUUAUUCUUUUUUUUAGGAUUACACUAAAGGACAUUUUUGGCAGCGCAUCCCAUUAAUUGCCUUCAGUUGUGGGACCUGAGUGCAUACAGUAGUGCUGUGGGCUUGUUGGUCUGUUGUGUCUUGGGGAUGUCAGAGAAGAUUUUGGUCCUCAGUUUGUGAGUGAGACUGGAGUAUUAGCAGCACCAUCUUCCUCAUCCUUUCAUCAAUAGGGAUUACCAUGACUACCAGCACGACCGGUUCCACUCUCCUUCUGCCCCUCAGCAAUGCAGUGCAGCUGCCUAUAGACCAGGUCAACUUUGUAGCGUGCCAACUAUUUGCCUUGCUUGCUGCUAUUUGGUUUCGCACCUACCUUCAUUCAAGCAAAACUAGCCCUUUAAUUAGACAUGUGGUCGCAACACUUUUGGGCUUGUAUCUUGCACUUUUUUGCUUUGGAUGGUAUGCCUUACAUUUUAUUGUACAAAGUGGUAUCUCCUAUUACAUCAUGAUCCUGACAGGAAUGGAGAAUAUGCACAGAUACUGCUUUGUGUUUGCGCUGGGAUACCUCACAGUGUGCCAAGUGGCAAGAGUUUAUAUUUUUGAUUAUGGACAGUAUUCAGCAGAUUUUUCUGGGCCAUUGAUGAUAAUCACACAGAAAAUAACCAGCUUGGCAUUUGAGGUUCGAGAUGGAACUUUUUGUAAAGACGAGGAACUGACACCAUCUCAGAGAAGCCUUGCUGUCAGACGCAUGCCAAGUCUACUGGAGUAUUUAAGUUACAACUGUAAUUUCAUGGGUAUCCUGGCAGGCCCGUUAUGCUCUUAUAAAGAUUAUAUUACUUUUCAUUGAAGGCAGACAUAUCAGCUGAAACAUUCAGAAGCCAAUGGAAAAGAAGACACAAAAUAUGAACAAAAAGAACCGUCUCCAAAUGCAGUAGUGGUGCACAAACUGAUAGUCUGUGCAGUCUCCUUAGGAUUUUAUAUGACUGCUACAAGAAUAUUACCUGUAGAAUACAAUAUAGAUGAUCAAUUUCACGAAACCUCAUCUGUGCCAAUAAGAGUUAUAUAUCUCUAUUUUUCUCUGUUGGCUGCAAGACCAAAGUAUUAUUUUGCCUGGACUUUAGCUGAUGCUAUCAAUAAUGCUGCAGGCUUUGGUUUCCAAGGCUAUGAUAAAAAUGGAGAGGCAGACUGGGAUUUAGUGUCAAAUCUGAAUAUAAAAAAUAUAGAGUCCUCUACAAGCUUUAAGAUGUUUAUCGAUAAUUGGAAUAUACAGACUGCCUUAUGGCUAAAGAGGGUAUGCUAUGAGCGUGCAACUAGCAACCCAACGGCUCAGACCUUUUUACUGUCAGCUGCAUGGCAUGGAGUUUAUCCAGGAUAUUAUUUAACUUUUUUUACAGGUGGUUUAAUGACUUUUGCUGCACGAAAUGUCAGAAGCAACUUCCGACAUCAUUUUUUACACUCUACUCAACUCAAGUCGAUUUAUGACAUAAUAACAUGGAUAACAACACAAGUAGCAAUAAGCUACACUGUGGCGCCAUUUGUGCUUUUAUCAGUCAAGCCAUCCCUACAGUUUUACAGCUCCUGGUAUUACUGCCUCCAUAUUGCCUGCAUACUGGUGCUGCUCUUACUGCCAGCUAGAGCAAGGAAAAAGGAAAGAAAUGACCGUGAAACCACUGUUCCUUUACUUGCAAAACCAAGAGAAGAAACCGUUUCUACAAAUAACAGCCAUUCCACCUCAAACAAUAACUGCAACCAGAGAGAGGAGACAGCCUGGCGACGCCAAAGCACAUCUCAAUGACAGGGGAAAUAAUAGCAUUUUGUAUGUUUUUAAAUUCCAUUUUUAGAACCUCCUUCUGGUUUGUAAUUGUGCACAGAAUAAGGUGGUAUUACAAAAUAUUAUCUAAGGAUAGCACUGCAAAGGAAGCUCGUAAACUCCGCAAUGCUGAGCCAUGUGGGCCUAGCCUUAACAAGAUAUUUCCAUUAUUUUUAAUGGGUACUCAGGACUUGUCAAAUACGUCACAAGGAUCAUGCUGUAUGUGUUCCUUUGGUAAACGUAUGUUGUCUCAAGGCAUUGAAGGGGUUACACGAGACAGGUACAAAAAAAUGUAGAGAUCACGGAAAAUAAUUCCGAACCCUUUGCCUUAAUCCCUCUAUGUAAUGAAUGAAAUUAUUAGGAGGAAUAGUUAUAUGUACGUUUGAUUAUUUUACAAGUGCUGCUGCCAACAAAGAGUAGUAAUAUUUGACUAAGAUGUCAGUGUUCUAAUUUGCAAAACAAGAUAAUAAUUAAAUCUCUGAAGAAAUCUAACUAGUUAAGGAGCCCAGCACCACCAUCAUAUGAUGCCCUACCAUUUAUGGCUUCAUUAGAGAUAUUUGCUUUCUACUUUGAUAUGUUAAGUGUAUUAGUAAUGUGGAAAGUUGGCCUGAAAUAAGGGAAGUCCUCUUUAAACCUAAAAAUAUAAAACAGCUAAAGGAGAUUUAUGCAUUUGGUAGAAGCCAUGUUAUAUUUUAAUGAUGAAUUACUGCAGGUUUCUUCUUUACUUACGUUUGGGUGACAUUAAGGAAUUCCAUGUGUAUUAUUAUAUGUCAUGUUGCUAAAAGGAACAAAUAGCUCUGAUGGUUUCUGUGGGAUAUGCUGACAUGGUGUUCAUCUCUUUUGUCACUUUAUAUGGCCACUAUCAAAUCAGACAUCUUUGUGUACUCCUUUUGAUACUUGUAAAAAUGGUAGAAAAAUCAGCAAUAUGUCAGCAGUUCCUUGACACAAUGAAUAUAUCUCUAAAGACAUUUUUGGUGUAAAUAUGGCAUGAAAAGAAAUGACAAGAACAGCCUUAGACUAAAAAAGUAACAUCUAAGGGACACUUGUCACUUUCUUAAUGCCCAUAAAUAAAAAUGCCUACUGUAGAUCUCUUGAUUUUAGAGAAAACCAUUAGUCCCAAUAAAACUUUCUUCAAACCUUCUAAAAACUACUCAAAACCUCAAACUGACUUAGCACGUAACAUUUGCAGAAGGACCAAGCUGACUGUGGCAAGAGGGAAUAAUAGUGUCAUAUUGAACAGUGAUGCCGCUGUUUGGUCACUCUAUCUUCAUAUGCUGUUUUAAAGAGACAGUUUACUCAAAAAUCUUCUCCCCUUUAAUUUGUUCCCAAUGAUCCACUUUACCUGCUGAAGUGUAUUAAAUUGUUUACAUGAAUUUCCCUUACACUUAUAUUGGCACUUGAAAUAGUUGAUUUAGUCUGUGGUAUCCCCACCUAUUCUGAAAGUUUCUGGCCUUAGGUCCAAGCUAUAGAUAAGCUGUGUAAACACAGCCAGCAUAAGAACUUACACCCCCAGUGGGAUAUAGAAGAGAUAAGGUAAUAACAUGUUAAUUUUCCAUUGUUCUCUUCAAGUAUUGGUGAUUGGUUUAUGGACAGAUAUAAGAUAAAGAAGCAUGUGUAUGUACACAAUGUGAUAAAGUAAUGAGAUAUGAUUAAACCUACAAGCUCAACCCAUUUUAUUAGGUUGUGGCUUCAAAACACAAAAUCAGCCAGUUUAUAUACAUAAAUAAACCUUAAAAUGCAAAUUCUUAUACAUUUUAUACUCAGCAGUUAGUAAAAAAAGUAAUUGGAAACACAUUAAGGGAAAAAUAAUUUUACAGUAUACUGUCCCUUUAAGCAACUUGUCAUAAGCACAUUAACAAAGAUGGGAGAAUUGGUGUUCAAAGCUCCUAUGCUGCAAUGUUCUUUAAUAUACAUAAUUUGUUUAAAGCCAGCUAGAAUUCCUGCAGUGUUUGUUUUAUGUAUUCUCUGUAGACCUGAAUGUCACCUGUUUGUUUUUUUAUUGCACAUAAAAUGCAACCUUUAAUAUGUUUUGGUACUUAAUGAAAGUUUUUUUUAAAAGGUAAUGACAAACCACUUUUUUCCACAAGUGAUUCUGAGCUUCGGUGUCUAUCUAGGAACUUGGUUGUUACAGCCCUCUGGCACCAACACCAAAUUAUACAUUAUACUAUAACUUAAAUAAAAACACAAAAAGGGGGAUUUGUGUAGUAGUGGUAUAUAUAUUCAAUAAGAUAAAAUAAAUAUAUAUCUAUACUAAAACAAUAAUUAUAGAAACUAAUGUACUGAUUAACAGUAUGUUUGGCAAAAGUAAAAACAAUCAGACUAUUUCAAGUAGUCAGAGAUUUAGCAGUUCAAAAUAGUUCAACUGGAAGCUCAUUUUAUCUCUCGAAUAUCCCAGACCCUGAACUGACUUGUUCUUUUAGUGAGUAAAAUAACUAAAGCGCACCAUUCUGUAAGGAAACAUAUUUUAUGAUAGUUUAGUGUUACUGUUUUAGAGCUUGUAUGUGGCAUUAAGAAGAAGAUUUAUUCAUAGGUAAAUACAAUCAGUCUUCUAUGGGGUAUAUACUUCCUCUGACCUCUGGAAGUAGAAGACAAGUAAAAUUAAAAGUCCAGAGGCUUCUCUACCAUUUAACUGUGCAAUUUUGAACCUUACACUGAUUCUUAGACAACUCCUAGCCAACUGCAAGUUAAAUCAGCUGCGAGUAGGAUCUAAGAAGUCUUGUCAGUAAGGCGAGGUCCCUCAAAGAAGUUUUGAAAUACAAAUUUUAUCUUGAUAGAUGUUUAUCUUCCUAUGCAGGUUUCUGGAUUUGAAGGGGAGACUCAAACAUUUCCAAAGAUUAUGUGUAACUUCUCUGCCUGACUGCAAAUGUUUGAUAAUCAGGGCCGUAGUGAGAGAAGUCUGCAGUGAAUACACCAACUGUCCCCAUGAAUUCCAUGUUGGGUAAAUCUGUAGAGGGAAUCCUUAGGCUAGAUUGUAAAAGCUACUUAAUGAUAUACUUGUGUUUUCUAAUCGUGUCUAACAUUUUUUUAAGCAUUUUUGCAAACACUUGCAUAUUGGCUAAGGACAUGUGCACACUUCUGAGCUCACCUAGGAUUACUUAUUAACAAAGGAUACCAGGAGAACUAAGCAAAAUUGAUAAUAGAAGUAAAUUGAAAAGUUGUUUAAAAUCACAUGCUCUAUCUGAAUCAGGAAAGUUUAAUUUUGCCUUUACUGUUCCGUUAAGGUAGUUAAUAAAAUACAGUUACAGUGACAAUAGAGACUUGAUGAUACAAAUGUACACAGGGGUGAUCAAAAUAUUCAGCUGUUUGGUACAUAAUGGGCUAGAUUACGAUUGGAACGCAAAAAUGUGCUUUUGCAAGUACGAUAUUUGUGCUCCACUCAGUAAUACCGGCGCAUGCAAAUGUGCGCUGAUAUUACAGGUUCAGUGCAGUGCGAACGCAACAUCGCGUUUGCAUUAAAUCUAACCCCCAAAUAGGUACUCGCUGUUUAUGAAGUCCGGCGGAGAAGGUCCUGUUCCAGGUGGCGGUAAAGUCUUCUUCCAAUCGUCCGACAUCUUCUUCCAAGCGAGGACCACUUCCUUCUUCAUCCUAAACCAAGCCGGAGUGGAGAUGAGGGCGGAGCAGGACCGGCGACUGCGGAUCCAUGGAGCAUGGAGGAUCCUCUUCGUACGAUCGCCGCCAUAAACGAAUAGAGAAUUCAAGGUACGCGUUUAAAUAUGGCGUCCCUUACAUUCCUAUUGGCUAAUUUGAUUCUUCAAAUUCAAAUCAGCCAAUAGGAUGAUAGCUACUGAAAUCCUAUUGGCUGAUCCUCCACGCUUAAAAAAAAGAAAAAUUUCCGGCACCCCAGUAAAAUUAAAUUUGCUUUUAUUGUGGUAAGUCUAUUUCAUUGGUACUAGGCUGAAACAUACAUCUUACGCGUUUCGGCUAGUGCCUUAGUCAUAUAUGCUGCCUUCAAAUUCAUAAUCAGUUGCCCAUUGGUCAAACUCAAAGCACAUAAAUCACAUGAUAAAAAGCCCUAUUAACACGUAAACACAAAAUAACAAUGCUGAUAAUAUAUUUUUGGGCAAUGGUAAAAAUGGGCUAUGUAAAACAAUAAUAAUAGUAAUGAUGAUAAGUAUCAGAGAGAAAACAAAAACAAAACAGAUGCCUAAACACCUCAAGCUAACGUUAUGUGCAUAUUUGAAUAAGCUUAUAAAUGAUAAAAUAUAAAUGAGCUUUCGACCAGAUGUAUAUAUAUACAGUAUAUAUAUAUAUAUAUAUAUAUAUAUAUAUAUAUAUAUAUAUACAUACAUAUACUGUACAUAGCCACCUAAGGCCAUUCUUAUAGAAAGUCGUAUAUGCACUAAAUGUACAGCUACUGCCCUCAAUGCCAAUGUGCAUUAGAAACCUGUUAAUGUUUGGUUGCUUUUAAAUCCUACUAUCCUAUUUAUCAUCAUACUAAAAUAGUUCUAAAAUGUGUUUAACCAUCCCAUAAUACCAUUAAAUUAAUCAUUUGUGAUAUGUUUGCUGUACUUUAGUGAGUUUGUUUCUUGUAAAUAAAAACUUAACGCAAAUGUCUCUGCUUGUAGAGUCACUUGACUCACAAGCUUAUCUUGUAUCCAUGAUUCAGAACGGUAAAUAAUCCUGAACCACAGAAGCUUUGAUAAUGUAAAGAGAACAUAAGUGAACUUGUUAACUGUAUACUAUUUGUUCGUGAAAUUAAUGCUAUUAUUAACACUAGAUGAAAACUCUUUGAAUCCCUAUGAUCAAUUUGAUUACAUAUAUAUAUAGAGAGAGGUAAAGUUAAAAUGUUUGGAUAUAAACUCCAAAGACCACUAAUUGUGCUCAUAUAAAUGGACCAAUUCCUAACUUGUAUUAUUAUUAUCAAAUAUAAAACACUUGGACUGAAAACUGUUAUCUUGUGUCAUGCAUGGGUUGUGAUUUUAACAAGAUUACUCCCAGAAAUUAACCAAGUCAAAGUGGGAGUUAAAACCCUUGGGUGACCUAGUGUCCAGGGUGAAUAUCCAGUACAUCUUUCUCUUGAAGAGGAGUCUGCUGCGAUCACCAACUCUCUCAAAAUUACUAAUUUUCCCUAUGAUUUUUCAUUUGAAAGAGCUGACAUCUCCAUGAUGCACCUCCACAUUCUUGACAUCCAAAAGAUGUUCCCUGAUUCUGUCAUGACUCUCUCUAGUAGUACAACUCACGUACUGCAAUUUACACUGGAUACACCAAAUCAGGUACACCACAUAUUUUGAACGACAAUUUACACAAGACUUAAGCUUGUACAAUUUACCAUUUGUGAGGAACUCAAAAUCUGGACCCUUGUCCACAUAUAAACAUGCUAUGCAUGCCCCAUAGUGGCACUUAUACAUGCCUUUGCAAGUUAACCAAGAACUUGUCUUUUCUUUGUUGUCCCUCAAUUUACUAGGUGAAAUUAUGUUGCCCAGUGAAGCACCAUGUUUAUAGGUGAAUCUGCACCCUCUUUCUACAACCUUCUCUAGUUUUUCAUCAGCUGAAAGCAUUGCAAAAUGUUUUCUAACGGUACUGCAGAUCUUAUCAUAUUCUGAUGAAUAUUCUAUAACGAAGGUUACUCUUCAUACCUUUCAGAAUCUCUUUUUCUGUGCUUACUGUUCUGGGUAUUAGGGGGAAACUCCCUGUCCAUGGAAUCUACUUCACUUUUUGCUUUUGUCACAUCCAUUUCUGGAUAACCCCUUGCUCUCAAACCUUUUCUAAGGUCCUCACUUUGUUUUGUAUAUUCAAAGUCACUGGAGCAAUUCCGUUUUGCUCUAAUUAAUUGUCCUUUGGAUAUAGCAUAUGGGGAUGGCAACUCUUCCCAUGCAAUAUCGUAUUCCCUGAUAUGGGUUUACGAUAUAAAGUAGUCUCCACCUUGGUGCCAUACUCCUGUGGUGCUCUUAAGGUGACAGCUAGGAAAUUAAUUUCCAUGGGUUGAUAUUCAAUGGUAAAAGAAAUGCCAAUCUCGUUACUGUUAAUAUACCUUAUAAUUCUCCACUAAAGAUGGUUCACCCCUCCAAAUUAAUAUCAAAUCGUCAAUGUAUCGUCUAUAAAAGGUGAUAUUUUCUCUGUAGGGGUUCCCAUCUCCAAAGAUGUGGACACCUCCCACAAACCUAAGCUGUCCCACAUCUCUGCAGAUAGAAAUUCCCCUCAAAGCAGAAAAAAUUGUGACUGAGAAGAAAUGCUACCACCCUGAGAAUAUAACCUUGGAAUUCUUUAUCAAAAUCUGUCAUAUGCUUUAAAAAGUAAGACAAAGCUUCUAGUCCCUUAGUGUGUUGGAUGCUAGAAUAUAGCGCAGUGACAUCAAUAGUAAGCCAUAAAUAGCCCUCAAUCCAUUCCAAUCCCCUUAGAAGACAUAACAAAUGUUGAGUAUCUCACAGGUAACUUUUAAGUGACAACAUCAGUGGUUGUAAGAUACUAUCCAACCACUGAGACAGAGGCUCACAAAGUGAGUAUAUGCCUGACUCUAUAGGCCUGCCUCUCACAUCAAUUAAGGAUUUAUGCACCUUGGGUAGCAUAUGGAAUAUGGAUAAAACUAGUUUAUCAACAUAUAAAAAAUCUGUAGGUAAUAUAAGAACACAGAAGCGCCACAUGGCCCAAUAUUGUUUUGAUGACAAAUAUAAAUAAGGUAACAGGUAGAUACUCACAUUUAGUAUGGCACCCCUAGUGGUGCAGAUGGAGCGGUCUGGGAUCAGUUAGCAGUCACCCAGAAGACUGACCUCCGGUAUAUAUUUAUAGUGCAGUUGUUUUUUUUUAUUUUUAAAAAAGCUACAUUUUUUAAUAAAAAAACUAUAAUGCCCUCUAUUUUGAGGGCAUUUGGGGCACUUUUAGAAAAUUAACCAGAGAUCGGAUCUGAGCACUAAUUGUGGUAGCAAUAACUAACCACUUGUAAUGGCUGGUUAAAGGGACACUGUACCCAAAAAUUUUCUUUCGUGAUUCAGAUUGAGAAUGACAUUUUAAGCAACUUUCUAAUUUACUCCUAUUAUCAAAUUUUCUUCAUUCUCUUUGUAUCUUUAUUUGAAAUGCAAGAAUGUAAGUUUAGUUGCCGGCCCAUUUUUGAUGAACAACCUGGGUUGUCCUUGCUGAUUGGUGGAUAAAUUCAUCCACCAAUAAAAAAGUGCUGUCCAGAGUACUGAAACCAAAAAAAAGCUUAGAUGCCUUCUUUUUCAAAUAUUGAUAGCAAGAGAAUGAAGAAAAAUUGAUAAUAGGAGUAAAUUAGAAAGUUGCUUAAAAUUGCAUUCUCUUUCUGAAUUACAAAAGAAAAAAAUUGGGUUCAGUGUCCCUUUAAUUAUCAAAUGGCUGCAAACGGGCACAUUUGCUUGUUUGCGGCAGCACAAUAAUUUAGCGCUCCACUUGUAAUCUGGCCCUCAAUGUGAACUAAACUAAAAGGAAGAUGUACAUUGCACCUUCUCAUACACUUACCCCUAAUGACAGUGCAGAGCCCCAAAAAGCAUGGGGCACAGGGUGGACGCCCUUCUUGCCCUGCCCAAAGAGCACAUUUCGAGCCAGAUCUAUAAAUUUGUAUUCUGUUUUUCCUCUCAAUUUUCUGAUUUGCACCACUCCCAAUGAAUUAUUCAACGCAUUAAAUUCACUAAACAAGUUUCUCCAUUUCCUAUGGAGUACAAUCACUGCAAGCAUCCUUCUAUAGAAUAAAUUAGGAAAUGGAGAGGUUUAUCCCACUGUAAGGCUGUUUGAGUCUUUGUGAAUCUAUGCCCAUGUUCCUGAAUGGAAAGGUUGCAUUUUCUGUCUCCCUCAUGUUCUUUCAUAAUGAAUGUUCAGGUCUGAUCUGUUGAUCAUUCAGAUUACCUCUGUAUGUUUAUACAUUAUUCAAUAACUUUGUAAGUUUAGUUUUAAUAUUCUAGUAUGUAAUAACAUUCAUUUACUGUCUAAAUUGGAGGCAUAACUACUUAAAUGUUGGAGUUAGAAUUUUUUUUAAAAAAAAAAUUAAAAAUUCCAGUUAAAACCCCUGUCUCAAUAUUUUCAACCAUUCUACUUAUAUUUGCAGUAUUUUGGGAUCUCAUUUCUUAACCCAUUUGCUGCCAAAGAUGGCUGCAGUGUAUUGUUAUGCUGUGCUGCAUUGCUUUCUAGCAGCCAAUGGGUUAAUUUUGAAACAUAAUGCAAUGUAUGUGACUUUCAUUUUUAAUAAACCAGAAUAUAUUUUUGAAAAUUGUUCUUUUUUUAAUAGAUUGCAUAAAUCAGAUCUCGCUGUAUAGUAUCUACAAAUACCACUGUGUACUUUGCAUUGUGAAGUCAUAGUUUUCCAAUUACUGAUUUCCAGUUUCUCAGCAGUGCUGUGUUUGUAAUCUUCUUUCUCCAUGUAUGUUUUUAUCUUUCCUUCUAAAUGUUUUUUUAAUUGUGUAUCUUAAAUUUGAAUAAACUUUGAGUUUAAAACAA